UGUAAAAUAAGAAGGUCGGCCUAGGAGGCCUUUGAGGACUCUUCCCGCUCGAGAUCUAGGAUGCUACGAAAGCCGCCCCAUCCUCGCUCACCCCCAUGUCAUUCACCCCGUUCACACUGAUGCACACACUCCCCGUGAGGUUUCCCAAAAGCUUUUUCAGCUUUGACAGCACUAAGAUUUUAGGGACACCCUGCACAUCGGGAGUCAGAGCCCUCCCGGGAUGAAACCCCGCAAGUCCCAACCCCGGCUCCCCGAAGGGGAGCCACAGUCCAGGGCAAAGUCGUGGAAUAAGAGGCGCGGAGGGAAGGAAGGGCCUCGGGCCUGCCGCUCGCUCCCUUCACCGUCCCCGGAGGAGGCGGGGAGGCGGGUCCUCCCUUAAGGGAGCCGCAGGCGCGCUAAGGCAGCGGCCUCGGAUCAGGUUCGGCGCCGGGGCCUCCCGCGCCUCCUACCUCUCCUCCCGCUGCGCCAGGCUCCCGAGCCUCCCCCUGAGCCCAAGCCGCGGGCGCCGUCAUGGCCCAUCGCCGGCGCCCGGAGGAGUCGCAGCCGCAGCCGCAGGAGCGGCUCUUCAGGCUGAUCCAGGAGGGCCUACUAAGGCCUUUGCAAGAGGAGCUCGGGAAAUUGGAGCACAGCCGCGGCCCGCAGGUGAAGACCGGCUGCCCGGCCAGGGCGGGUGACACUCUCCUACAUUCCGCAGCCCGCCUCGGGCAUCGGGAUAUCUUGGCCUACCUGGUUGAAGCUUGGGCGCUGGACAUCGAGGCCCCUAACCGGGACUACAAGCGUCCCCUGCAUGAGGCGGCGUCAAUGGGACACCGGGACUGCGUGCUGUAUCUGCUGGAGAGAGGGGCGGCUGUGGACUGCCUGAAGAAGGGGGACUGGACUCCUCUGAUGAUGGCUUGCACAAGGAAAAACUUGGAAGUGAUCCAGGAUCUUGUGGAACAUGGGGCUGAUCCAACCCUGAAGAACAAAGAUGGUUGGAACAGUUUUCAUAUUGCCAGCCGAGAAGGUGACCCUGUGAUCCUCCUGUACUUGCUUACUGUUUCCCCGGCUGUCUGGCAGACAGAAAGCAAAAUCAGAAGAACACCUCUACAUACUGCAGCAAUGCAUGGCUGCUUAGAGGCAGUGAAGGUACUUCUGGAGAGGGUGCCGUAUGAGCCAGACAGCAGAGACAAAUGUGGCGUUACCCCCUUUAUGGAUGCAAUACAGUGUGGAGCAGUGGAUAAAGCACAGGCUCUGGAUUCAGGAGCUUGUUUCAUAGCCAAGGAUAUCCUAGGUGCCCAAGCUUUACACAAAGCAGCAGUCACUGGUCAAGAAAAAGCUAUUCGAUUCCUAGUCUCUGAUCUUGGUGUUGGAGUUGAUGAGAGAGCAACAGUGACUCAAUACACAGCUCUCCACUAUGCUGCUAAGCCCUGCAUCUGGCUUGUGCAGGUCAGCACUUGGCCUGCAUUGAGUUUCUCCUUGAAUGUGGACUAA